AUGGCGAGAAACCGGAAACAUGAUAUCGUGAAGGCGUCAAAAUACAAAACUUCUCUUUGCACCUACUUCAUGGAAAAUGGUGAGUGUCAGUUUGGUGAUCGAUGUGCAUUCGCGCACGGGGAGGAUGAGUUGCGGCAUGAGGAAGAAGGACCAAAGAGUCGAGACAGCAGAGAACGUGGCGACACUAAUGUGGAAAGCGCCCAGGGAGGUAGUAAUGCUGAGCAAAGGUCUGUCUUGCCGUGUGCCAGUUUUGAGAGCGGAAUGGAAAGCACUGCAAACGAGACAACGGCUGGUGCUAGUGGAAGAGUAACAUACUGUUCAUGGCAUGAAGCUGAGCUUCUCUCUCCAAAAGGGGGAAGCAGUGUCGGAUCACCCCAUCAUCUGAGCAACUCCGAGGCUACCGUGCCAUUUACGGAAGAUACUGAAUUAAAGGGAGUUAAACCACCGCCAAAAAUAACGAAAGGUAAGUUGUCAAGGCAAAAUCGUGCGAAUAUGAGCGUAUUUACAAACAAAGCGAGGGGUGUCGAAGCCAAAAGUACAAUUCAACCUACGAGUGUACAUUACCCUACCAGCGGCAAUAAUGUUUAUCUUAGUGUUGUGAACUUGGCUGACACCUCAGGACAACUCGUGCAACUCGCCCCGGGUGCUUUCCUUUUCCCCUUUCCGGGAGCUCCUCCACCAUAUGUUGGCCCUUUUAUCCCAAGCGUGGGAAUACCAAGUGAGGCAGCGUUUGGUGAUGGUGUAGCGUGGAUUUCUAAUGGUCACAUGGUGAAUUCUUUCGUCACAACAAGGACAACGGAGGUUGAAAAUGCCAACUGUGCCACGGAUUUAGCCUUUCGUGCAUUUGAUACUGUUGGCAAUAUUCCCGUAAAUAGCGGGAGUAGUGGAAAUAGAUUGACUCCACAAAGUGCGGGAGAAGUAUUGCCUUCUUUGGACCCGUCUACGCACCUGGGGGGUGUGUACGAAACAUCAAUGAAGACUUCGCUGCCCCACCAACCUACCACGUGGUCCAGUGCGUCAUGUACCGAAGGGAUAGGGAGUUCGACUCUUCGAAAGGACAACGAUGCCUCCAGCUACGACGUCGGUGAAUUCGGAAACCCCAAAGUGAAGGAACCUCCUUCGACAAAGUCCAAGGAGAUAUCCGACUUUAGGUCCCUACUUGAUUCACGGCUCAUCAGCGAGUCUCUCGCGGACAAGAAUGCGGGUACUGACCCAAGAGAUGAGAAAAAUGGUAGUAUCUAUAGGCAAUGUACCGCUGCAGGACUGACUCAGCUAUACGAAAUUCGAGCUGAUAGAGGAUCUCAUCGGCCAGUAGCUUCUGAACAGAGUGAUGGUGGUGUGGGAGCAGGAGGUAGCGUUGAAGAGCACAACAGAAAUGUUGACUUCACUAGUAUCCUUCGUGGCUGUGAUGUGAACAUAUUUGCACAUGCUGCACUUGGUGGCAGUGAGAUCCAAAGGGAUCAAGCGGAAGUAUCCUCGGGCAAAGAAUGGACGUCAAGAGCAGUUGAAAGAGGGGAAGAUUUCUCCGCAGCUGGUGGAAGUGGUGCGAGAAAAGUUGGUGAAGCCACGUCGCAGGUUGUGUGUCCAAGUGAACAACAUCGUGCGAUACCACCAGCUCAACGACCCCGCCCUGUUGUCGCUAACUACUUUCAGUCGUCAUGUGCAGAAUCCGAUAAAUGUGUGCCCGUGUACCCUCUGUGA